AUGUCGACCCCAAUCCUCAACCCCAAAGAUUUCGGCAAGCUCUUCCUCAACGGAGAAUAUGUCGAGGCGCGAUCCGAUAAGACGUUGACGCUUCUGAACCCCAAGGACAACACUGUUGUGGCGGAUAAUGUGCCUAUUGCUGGAGAGGAGGAUGUCGAGCUCGCCGUCCGUCUCGCCGAAGACGCCUUCGCGGGUCCAUGGAGCAGCUUCUCGGCAAGUCAGAGAACGACCUGUCUCUUGAAGCUUGCUGAACUCCUCGAAUCUCGCCUAGAUGACAUCAUGUACCUUGACUCGCUCACCACCGGCAAUCCGGUUUCGCUGAUGGCCACGCGAGAAAAGGGCUACAUUCGGAGUUGUGUCUUGUACUACGCUGGCUGGACUGACAAGCAGCGAGGGGAUUACUUCCCCGACGAUGACGGCUUCGUCAAACUAGUUCGCCAUGAGCCACUUGGUGUGUGCGCGGCCAUCAACCCCUUCAAUGCCCCUGUGGCCUCGUUUAUACUCAAAGCCGCUCCCUGUCUUGCGACUGGAAACGUUCUGAUCGUCAAGCCAUCGGAAAAGUCUCCUCUGGGCUCUCUUGCUAUAGCCACUCUAUUUGAAGAAGCCGGAUUUCCGAAAGGCGUUGUACAGGUCUUGAGCGGCGAUGGUACGACGGGCGCCUUACUUGCGAAGCAUAUGCGUAUUCGCAAGAUCAGCUUCACUGGCAGUAUCCUCACCGGAAAGAAGAUUCAAGAAGCAGCAGCACAGAGCAACCUAAAGCGUGUUACGCUAGAGCUCGGCGGCAAGAGUCCGGCCAUCAUCUUUGACGACGCAAAUCUUGAGAAUGCACUUACCUGGACUAUCAACGGGAUCUUGACUAGAUGUGGCCAGCUCUGUAUUGCUUCCUCGAGAGUUUACGUACAAAAGGGCAUCGCGGGCAAAUUCAUCCAGGCUUACAGAGAGCGGAUGGCUGAUGCCGUCGAACGACUGGGUGACCCCCAAGUAGCAGGCACAACAGUUGGCCCUCUAGUCGAUCAGGGGCAAUUCGAGAGAGUCAAAGCUAUGAUUGCCAGGGGCACACAAGAAGCGGAACUUGUUGUCGGGGGUUCCAGGUUCGGCAGUGACGGUUGCUUCAUCGAACCCACAGUCUUCCUGAACCCUAAGCCCGAUGCUCAAAUUCUGAAAGAAGAGAUUUUCGGGCCCGUAGCAGUCGUCAUGACUUUUGACACGGAAGAAGAGGUGAUCAAGGCCGCCAAUGACACCGAGUUCGGGCUUACUGCUGGUGUGUUUACCAAAGAUAUUGCCCGCGCACUGAGGGUCUCUUCCAAGGUAGACUCUGGCCUGGUCGGCAUCAACUGCAUUAGCGUUACGAGCAUGCAAGCCCCGUUCGGCGGCCGAAAGCAGUCUGGUAUUGGGAGGGAAUUUGGCGAAUAUGCUCUUCGUGCAUUUACGGAGCCCAAGACUGUACUGAUCAAGUAA